AUGGAUUUUGAAAACCCAGUAGCUAAUCAGUCGUUUGCAACACAUACAAUCGAAGAUAUAGACGCAAAUGUUUCUUUGGAAUCAACAUUUGAAUCUGAAAAAGUAAAUGAGGAUAUUGUGAAUCUUACAUGUGAUGAAGAUGAAGCUAAGGAUCUAAGUAUUAUGGGGAAGGUUUUCAGUACACCUAAGGAUGCAUAUACAUUUUAUAACCAAUAUGCCUUUUUACAUGGAUUCGGUAUUCGUGUUCAUUGGAGCUUUAAAAAUAAAACCACAAAUGAGCCUUAUCGGAAGAGCUAUGUGUGUAAUAAACAAGGCUUUAAAAGUUUGAAGGGUAAUAGUUUAUGUGGAGUUGCUAAGAACCGUCGUAGAAAUUUAAGGACGGGAUGUAAAGCAAUGCUCCAGAUAUCAAAAGGAAAAGAUGGUGAAUGGUUUGUCGAUGUGUUUAAUGACACACACAAUCACAAUUUGAGUACAACUCCUACCAAAGUAAUGAAACAUCGUUCUCAUGGGAAAAUACACCGCUCAAUGUGCAAGUCUCUUAUGGUGGAACUAGGUCAAUCAGGGUUAAGGCCUUGUCAAAUCAAAAAGGCUGUAAAUACAAUGAAACCUCCAUAUGAUGCCAAUGUUACCUCAAAGUCUCCUAAAAAUGUUUUUUGGGCUGAUGGAAGAUCACGAGAGGCAUAUACUAAAUUUGGGGACGUCGUUGUGUUUGAUGUCACAUACAUGACCAACAAAUUUAAGAUGCCAUUUGCUCCAUUUAUUGGUGUGAACCAUCAUGGUCAGUCUAUAUUGUUUGGUGGUGCAUUGUUAGAAAAUGAAAAAGAAGAAACUUUUCGAUGA